GGGGAGUAUAUAUACGGGUGACAGAGCGCUGCAUGUGAGAUUUUGGGGUAUUGCAGCAGCCGGCAGAAGCUGCGUUUUUCUUUGGAGCUCUCUUUCUCUACUUUUUCCUCUUCUUCAACAACUUAUUUUGUUCAUCUGAACCAAUUCUCUUCAAACAACUUAGAACAUUCUUCCAUCAUGGCCCCUGUUGGUGGUGGGGCUUCUGAGUUCGACUCCGCGGCUCUGGCUCGUCGCCAGCAGCUCGUCGGAGGGUCCGGCCCUGCGGCUUUGCUCAAGAACUUGAAGGUCUUCGGUAUUGCUUGCUUCGCCUGUCUAGGCGGCCUGGUUUAUGGUUACAACCAAGGCGUUUUCAGUGGUGUUCUGACUAUGAACUCUUUCGAGCGCGCAAUGCCCGACUGGACCGGCGAUAACACUUCGCGCAUGGGCUGGCUGACCAGUAUCCUCGAGCUCGGCGCUUGGUUCGGUACAAUGUACAGCGGGUUCCUGGCAGAGAUUCUAUCGCGGAAGUACUCGAUCCUGAUAAACGUCUUCAUCUUUAUCAUUGGCGUCAUCAUUCAGACGACUGCUGGGGCGGGCGGAGGACAUUCGUCUAUAUUGGGUGGACGGUUCAUCACUGGUAUGGGCGUCGGCUCCCUCUCCAUGAUCGUCCCCAUGUACAACGCCGAGAUUGCGCCACCAGAAGUGCGAGGAGCCCUUGUCGGCCUCCAACAGCUCUCCAUCACGCUGGGCAUCAUGGUGUCAUUCUGGAUCGACUACGGCUGCAACUACAUUGGCGGGACGGGCGACGGCCAGCAAAAGACGGCGUGGCUGCUCCCGCUGUCGCUGCAGCUGGUGCCGGCCGUGCUGCUCGGCGUCGGCAUGGUGUUCAUGCCCUUCAGCCCCCGCUGGCUGGUCCACCACGACAGGGAGGCGGAGGCGAGGAGAGUGCUUGCGGGCCUGAGAAACCUGCCGCAGGAGCACGAGCUUAUUGAGCUCGAGUUUGCGGAGAUUCGUGCGCAGAGCCUGUUUGAGAAGAAGACGCUUGCGGAGAAGUUCCCUCACUUGAAGGAGAUGACGCCGUGGAAUACGAUAAAGCUGCAGUUCGUCGCCAUCGGCUCACUGUUCAAGACGAUGCCGAUGUUCCGGCGCGUCAUCGUCGCAACCGUGACCAUGUUCUUCCAACAAUGGACAGGCAUCAACGCGAUUCUGUACUACGCGCCCCGCAUCUUUCAGAACCUCGGGCUUUCCGGAAACACCAUCUCACUACUAGCGACCGGGGUAGUCGGCAUCGUGAUGUUCAUCGCCACCAUCCCCGCCGUAAUGUACGUCGACAAGCUCGGCCGCAAGCCCGUCCUCUUCGUCGGCGCCAUCGGCAUGGCCACCUGCCACAUGAUCAUCGCCGUCAUCGUCGCCAAGAACCAGCACCAGUGGCCGACGCACCAGGGCGCCGGCUGGGCCGCUGUGGCUAUGGUGUGGCUGUUCGUCAUCCACUUUGGCUACUCGUGGGGCCCUUGCGCUUGGAUCGUCAUCGCGGAGGUGUGGCCCCUCUCGAAUCGCCCGUAUGGCAUCGCGCUGGGUGCGAGCUCGAAUUGGAUGAACAAUUUUAUUGUCGGCCAGGUCACCCCCGAUAUGCUGUCCAGUAUGACGUAUGGCACUUAUAUCUUUUUUGGGCUGUUGACGUUUUUGGGCGCGGUUUUUGUCUUUUUCAUCGUCCCGGAAACGAAAGGCCUCUCGCUCGAAGAAAUGGACAUCCUCUUCGGGAGCCAGGGCACCGCGCUGGCAGACAAGGAGAGGAUGGAGGAGGUUUACAGGGAGGUCGGCUUGGUGCAUAUGGUCAAGAACUCAUCGGUUGAUACGGGGCGGAUCGAGAAGCAGGAGGUCUUGCAUGAGAAGAAUGAGUUUGGCACUUAG